AUGAAUAAUCAGGCUAAAUUUUGUCUAGCACAUCUUGUUCAAGAAGUUUUCAACUACAAGAACCAUCUGGAUAACUAUCCUGUGAAAAUGACCCGUAAAAGUCAUCACCUUAGUAAUCCAUAUGAAGAUAUUGGCAUUGGAAUAUUUAUGAACCGUGCUGCUAUGGUAAUGGCUAAUAUCGAUUCUUUACUUGAUGGAAUGUUCACAAAGGCUGCAGCGGAUGAUGAUAUUUUAUAUUUUGCGGAUAUUUGUGCGGGACCCGGUGGAUUUUCAGAAUAUAUUUUAUGGCGAAGAUGUAAUUCUUCACUGAAUGUGUCCAGUAAUUGUCGAAGUUGGAGUAAACUGACUAAAAGCCAACACUAUCUGCUAAAGGAUUUGGUAUGA